AGAGUGGGGAGAGAGGAAAAGGGAGAGGGGUGAGAGAGAAAGGGCAGAGGGGAAGACGGGGAGAGGGACAGAGAGGGGAGAGAAGGAGGAGGAUAGAGGGGGUGAGGAAAGGGAAGGAAGGGGAAACGCGUGUUAACAGACAAACACAGAGUGAGAGAGAAAGUGUUUGUGACAGAACGGAGGGAGGAAGCGAGUAAGAGAGGCAGUGUCCGGGCAGCGAGGGACAGCCGCCACGUACCGGCACAGGGACAUUGAGACAAGCCGACUAUUUUCACAGACGAACUGUUGGCGGAAGAAAGUUUCUGUGGAACACAAGGCUGCGUGGAGACGGCGGGAUCAUGCCGAUGUGUGGGAGCUGGGACUGGCCCUGGAUCUGCAUUCUGCUCUCACCCCUCUUCCAAGUGUGUCCGAGCCAAGCACAGAGCCAUACAGGCAGUGCCUGCACUCUCGAGAGGAUGUAAAGGGCAUCCAGCUGCGCUCCUCAGACAAAAAAGGACCUCAGCAACAUUGUGACAAAGUUCUCUCUCCAAAAUGCCUUGGAUCCAGAGGGCGAUUCCUGUUACCUUAUCCCCGGCCAGCUGGAAAGCCUCUCGGAAUGCAACUUCAACCAAACGGCAAGGACGUUCCUAGUCAUCCACGGGUGGACGGUUACUGGCAUGUUUGAAAGUUGGAUUCCAAAGCUGGUUUUGGCUUUGUAUGAGAGGGAGGGAGACUCCAAUGUCAUUGUGGUCGACUGGCUGACACGGGCUCACCAGCACUACCCAAUUGCUGCUGAGAACACUAAGCUGGUUGGCCGUGACAUCGCACACUUCAUCGAAUGGCUGCAGGAGGAACUAAACUUCCCAACCGAGUCCAUCCACAUGUUGGGAUACAGUCUGGGUGCUCAUGUCGCAGGGUUUGCUGGAACUUACGGAACGCACAGGGUGGGCAGGAUCACAGGACUGGACCCCGCGGGGCCGGAUUUCGAAGGGGCUGAGGCGCAGUUCCGCCUGUCCCCGGAUGACGCUGCCUUUGUAGACGCUCUGCACACCUUCACCCGGGGCUCACUGGGCCGCAGUAUUGGCAUCCAGCAGCCGGUGGCACACGUGGACAUCUAUCCCAACGGAGGCAACUCCCAGCCCGGCUGCAGCCUUGGCACAGUCUUUGGCAACAUGAGGUCACAGGGAGUGUAUGCGGUGGCUGACGUCAUCAAGUGCCAACACGAGCGGGCCAUCCACCUCUUCAUCGACUCCCUCCUCAACAAAAACUACCCCAGCCUGGCCUACCGUUGUUCCAACCAGGAGACCUUCGAGCGGGGCAUGUGCCUGAGCUGCCGGAAGAACCGCUGCAACACCCUAGGCUACGACGUCCGCAAGGUCCGCAGCAAGAGGAGUGGCCGCAUGUACCUGAAGACGGCAGCGGACAUGCCCUUCCGAGUUUACCACUAUCAGCUGAAGAUACAUUUUUUCAGGAAAGUGAAUCAAUCAGAGACAACUGUAAAUUUCCGCAUCAUGCUCUACGGAACACUGAAUGAGACUGGAGGACUUGCCAUUUCAGUACCGGAAAUUUCACCCAACAGUACGUCAUCAUUCCUGGUGCACACAGAGGUGGAUAUCGGAGAGCUGCUGAUGGUGAAGUUGAAGUGGGAUACCACCUCGUCCAUCUGGUCCACCAUUAUGGGCAAGGUCAGCAAACCGUGGACCCUCUGGAGACUGUGGAGCAGCAGUGAAGAGACCACCAACGCCCUGGAAAUCAGGAGGAUGCGAGUGAAGGCAGGAGAGACUCAGAAAAAGAUCAUGUUCUGUGCAAAAGACUCCGCCUCAGCAAAGCUGCAGCCAGCUCAGGAGGUGACAUUCAUGAAGUGUCAGAACGAAGAGACAAGGAAGAGGAGUGACUAGCAGUGUGUCACCGGUGGAAGAUGGGUAAAGCAUGUGAACUUACACGUCGGACUUCCUUGAUUCCCACCCAGCCUCCUGGCUGUGGAUUUCCGGAACUGUAUCAUCACUUAUAAACAUUGCGGAUCUCCGCAGGGAACAAGGUUUCCGAGCCUCGUCCUGUGGUGAGGUGUGGUCGCCACUCAGCUGGUCGUCCUCUCAUCCCUCUGAUCUGUGAGGCUUUGGGUCCAGCACACUCCAGGGCUUGUCCUCGGCCUGCUGUCCAAGCUGCUUCUGUGGGUGCACUGUCCUUCUGGGUGUCCCAGCUUCUGAAAGAGAUGUCACACCAAGCUCCCUUCUACUCCGAAUCCCAUGUUACUAAUGGCAAAGAAAGCCAAAGGAAUUCUCUUAAAUAUUUGGUUAAUAUUUAUCUCACAGCUAAAAUCACUGAAAUAAAUAUGUUAUUUGGUCAAGAUCUGUUUAUUGAA